CCUAUGAACGGCUUACAGGCGCCGAGAAUUUCGCCGACCCCCCACCGAGAAGAAGACCGGGGCUAUCACGCCAUGGAGAGUAAAGAUGCAUCAUCUUGCCUAGCCGGGGUGUGGAGAUCUACCGAGGUAUAAGAGCCAACGAACAUGAUCUAUCCGAACAUGGAGAAACCUACUCUCUACCAUUGAAUUAUAUCACUUAACAUACAAACAAACAAACAUACAUACAUACAUACAUAUCCAUCAUGCCCGGAGCUUUGGACAACACCCCAUCGGGUAUCUUCGGUGGCCAUGAGCUGGCCCGGCCGAGCAUCUCCGCGCCGCUCGAAUCGUCCGGCUCGCUGGAUGCCUUUGAUUAUACCGACUUGACACCGGUGAUCGGCAGGGAGUAUCGCGGGGUACAGGUGUCGGAUCUGCUGCAGGCGGCGGACAGCGAGCGCAAGAUUCGAGACCUGGCAGUGACUGUAUCUCGACGAGGCGUGGUUUUUCUGCGUGACCAGCAAGUGACGCCGGAUCAGAUGCGUCAGUUGGGCGAGCAGAUGACAGCUCUGGCAGGAUGUCCCGCCUCGUCAACUCUCCACAUCCACCCCCUCACCGAAGAAGGCAGCGAGCUAGGCGACCAGAUCAGCGUGAUAAGCAGCGAGAAGCAGAAGAAAGGCGGUGGCCUCACGCACCAGCUCAGCGACGUGAGCCGCUUCGCCUCCGCCGGCUGGCACAGCGACAUCACCUUCGAACGCGUCCCCUCUGACUACGCCAUGCUGAAGAUCCAUACCUUACCCCCGACGGGCGGAGAUACCCUCUGGGCCUCCGGGUAUGAGGUGUACGACCGGCUCUCGAAGCCCAUGGCGCGGUUUCUAGAGGGUCUGACUGCUACCCAUGACGCGAGCUUCUUCCACGAUGAGGCCCGCCGGCUGGGGAACCCCCUUCGCAAGGGUGAGCGAGGCUCUCCAUUGAACCGUGGCGAGGAAUUACAGGCGGUACAUCCUGUGAUCCGCACGAACCCUGUCACCGGCUGGAAAUCGGUCUACGUGAACAAGGGUUUCACAAAGCGCAUCAACGGCAUCUCCAAAGACGAGUCGGACGUGCUUCUCAACUAUCUCUUCAACCUUGUCACACAAAAUCACGACGCCCAGGUCCGCUUCAAGUGGAACAAGAACGACCUUGCUAUCUGGGACAACCGAUCAACCUGGCACACGGCCACGUACGACUAUGCAGAGGCGCGCGCCGGAGACCGCGUGUGCAGUCUAGGCGAGGCGCCGUAUUUUGACCCCAACUCCAAGUCACGGAGGGAGGAUGUAGAGGGGAGACUGUAAAUAUAAGAUAGUGAUGAUGAAUGAUAAUGAAUUAUAACUGUAAGCACAUU